UGUCGUACAUAGCUAAAUAAGUGUCUGCCGAAGGAUCGAAAAUAUGAAUUCAUUCUUAGAGUCCUCAACCGAGGAUAGCCACGAUUUUGAUGAUGAGGGCCAUGAAUCAAAAUUGGUCAACCAAAAGAAAUGGGAACUUGGCUACUUGAAGAAGAAAUGCCGCAAUCUGGAACUGGAACAGUAUUAUGUAUCCUACAUGAAACGUUUGCGUCUAAGCCAUCUUGGCAUUUUCAUAUUCAUUCUAAUACUUAACACGAUUGUACAUUCCAUGUUACUUAUUGUCUCAUUCUCUAAAAGCGAGAACCGUGACAUUUACGUAGAUAUCGGAACAUACAUGGGUUGUACCACAGUUAUCCUCAUUGUUUUGGUAUUUAACUUCCGCACGACCGUCAAUAAACGCUACGAAUGGUUAACGUUUGCAACGAUUUGGUUAGCGGUUUCAGCGCUUGUGGUGAUGGAUAUAUCCGUGCCAAUCUAUCGCGCUGUCACGGACUAUAAUAUUACCGUACCGACCUACUAUAGCUUUAUCAUAUAUUCCAUCUACAUAUUUAUGCCGAUUGCCGAAGACGUGCAGGCUUUUAUUUUAGGUGUGGCAGUAGCCGCCUGUUAUAUUAUCUUAUUUUCAUUCGUAACAUAUCGUCGCCAUUUGGAUGGCACAAGAGAGGUUGAUUUGCCAAAAAUCAUAUCCGAAGGCAUAUUUAUGACCUGUGUCAAUAUGCUGGGUCUGUUCUUUCGUCUGACACGUGAAGUAGCCAUACGUACAACAUUCCUCGAUAAGCGUCAAUGUGUUGAAGAGACUUUAGUUUUACGAGCUGCUAGAGAUCAGGAGAAAAGCUUACUAUUGAGUAUUAUACCAGCUCAAAUAGCUAAUAAAAUCGAAGAAGACGUCAAGAUGCGGAUCGAACACAUGAAGGAAAAUAAAAAACAUAGACGAUCAACGAAUGACGAUGUGGGCUCCCCGCCGACACCUCUAUGGCGACAAAUGGACACUGAAAAGCUUUUUAUUGAACCACAUGAUGAUGUUUCAAUCUUAUAUGCGGAUGUAGUCAACUACACUUACUUGACUACAACACUGGAUGUGAAAACAUUAGUGGAAACUUUACACGAUUUAUUUGUAAAAUUCGACACAGCAUCCCAGGAGUACGAUGUUUUGCGUAUUAAGUUUCUAGGUGACUGCUAUUAUUGCGUGGCCGGCGUUCCAGCCCCCAACGAGUACCACGCUAGAUCAUGCGUUUACCUUGGCUUGCGUAUGAUAAAGGAUAUACGUGAUGUGAGAUCGAAACGAAAGCUGGACAUUGAUAUGCGUAUCGGUGUACAUUCAGGAAAUAUUUUGUCUGGCGUCAUUGGUGCAAACAAGUGGCAAUUCGAUAUUUGGUCCAAAGACGUGGACAUAGCCAAUCGGCUGGAGUCGACUGGUGAGGCGGGUCGUGUACAUGUUAGCGGACAGACUUUGCAACAGCUGGACGGUGAGUUUAUGUAUGAGGAGGGCACGGCGAAGGCGCGUUAUGAUCCGGUCUUGCGCAAAUAUCAUAUUCGGAGUUUUCUAAUAAAACCGCCAUCAGCAAGAGUUUCGUCAUACAUUACAAUGAGGCGACCAACAGCAGCAAAGCGAAAACGUUUGGAAACAAAAUCUGUAGGUGAUACCAGAAGUGAUAUCCCAACAAAUUUCAUGCAAAGCAGCAUAAGUCAGUAUAAUCAAAUUCGAACCCAAGCCACUUUGGAAAUGAGCCGAGAAGUAGAAAGAAUGCCUAUUGGUAGGAUACAGUUUUCCAAAAUAUGUUUCGGUCAUGAGAAGCACUUAACCCAAGAUGAAAUGGAAGAACAACGGUUUCGAAACAAUAUAACGUCGCUAUUUUUAUUUUUCAAAGACUGGCGCUGGGAAAUUAUGUUCAUGAAGCAGCCAGAUAUUAUGCUCAAGUACAGCGUUUUCGUUUCGUACAUAACGCUGCUGUGUGCCAUUAUAAUGCAGGCGGUCAAUUCGUCGCAAACAUUAGCGUUUUGGAUACUAGUUGGGAUCAGCAACAUUGUAAUGAUAUUGCUAUUGGCCUUGGUUUGGUACAAAAAGCUUUGGAUAAUGUUUAUUAGCGAGACAGAGUCAUCGAAGCCAAUGAAAAAAGUCAGCAAAUGUCUCUAUAAACUAUCGGAGCGCAUUCAAAGUAACAUCACUAUGCGCAUUGGCAUGUACUUAGUGGUGCUUGUCCUGCACUCCACUGGCAUUAUCUUGCAAUUGAUAUAUUUCGGUAAUCAUAUAAAUGAUGCAGCUAAUGUGCAUAUUUUGGGUGUCGCCAGGCAUGAUGUUUCUUCAUUCAAUGCUUGGGCUAUCACAGAGUGUUUUAUGUUGACCAUUUGCAUAACCUUCCUAUUUACACGGAUUCCAUUCAUACUCAAAUUGAGUGUUGGCGUUUUCACAUUAAUUUUUUACACAGUCGUCGUAACGCUCUCGUAUAGUUAUGUUUAUGGCCAGAGCCUUAGCACUAACGAUCACUUAUAUCCAGAAUAUUCACAUAUAUUUGUGAUGUGCAUAACGCUGGGUAUAUUUCAUCUAAUGGAUAGGCAGACGGAGUUCAUAGCGAAAGUUGAUUAUAAUUGGAAACGACAGCUACUUAAGAAGCAGGAUGAUGCUAAAUUUACAAAUGAGACCAUUUCGAUACUUAUCAACAAUAUUUUACCGUCACACGUAGGUGAGUGGUUAAGAUUUCCUAUCACCGCAAAACUUUAUGACAUAUGUAGGUACUUAAUUCCCUUACUCAUUACAGCCGAUAUUUACAUGUCGCGACAGAUGACAAAUGAACUCUACUAUGAGGAGUACGAUAAUGUUGCCGUUAUGUUUGCAACUAUACGAAAUUAUGACACAGAACAAGUGGGCAUACGAGUUUUAAACGAGAUUAUUUGUGACUUUGACGAAGUGUUGAGUACUUAUCGAGGCUCGAGAAAGGUUGAAAAAAUUAAAGUGGCCGGCUGGACUUAUAUGGCAGCGUGUGGUCUGGAUCCAAAACGGUCCGAGCACCGAAAAACUCAAACAGCUUAUCGCAGCUCUUCGCUGCUGCCAAAUGGGCGAAGAAGCCAUUAUUCAAGCAGACAGCAUGACAUAGAAGAAGGAUUUGAAGUUGUCGAUGAUGAGGAGCUGCCUACAACAAGCAAAGGCGCUCAAAACAUACGUCUACAGGAGUACGAGGGCCAUAAUAAGAAGAGCUCUAAGUCCGAGGAAUAUAACGAUGUCGUAUUCGUAAUGCUGGAGUUCGCUAUGGAUCUGAUGCGCACAAUGAAGUCCUUUAACGUCGAGAAUUUGCAAUGCGAAGACGAUGACGAGGACAGAGGUGCUUUGCGAAUUGGCAUCUGCAACGGCCCUGUGAUGGCGGGAGUAGUGGGCUCUUACAAACCUCAUUAUGACAUUUGGGGAAACGCGGUGAACAUGGCAUCGCGUAUGGAUUCCACUGGUAUCGCCGGCGCCAUUCAAGUUACAGAGAAUACAGCAAAAAUAUUGAAAACUUAUAAUGUUAAGUGUACUUAUCGGGGGUAUACACUCGUGAAAGGGCGUGGUCAUAUACCUACCUAUUUUGUAAACGUUGACGAAUCUUUGAAUUUCGUAAAGAUUGACCAAAUGUCGGCGAAGUUGGAGGAUGUUAUAGCAGAGGAAGAGACAACUGUUUGUUAAUUUUAAUAUAUUUAGUCAACGUAAUACCAGCAAGUAAUUAAAUU